GUCGGAGACCCUGUCCACUGAGGCUACCGCCCCAUCGCAGACAGCUUUUAACACUUCAAGAGGAAGACGAGGGCUGAGUGCCAUCCGGGUGUCAACGAACUGACGGAGGGUUGUUGACACGAUGUUUUCUAGCAAGGGUCCGCGGACUAUGUCUCUCUCUACACCCGAGCUCUGAGUUCGUUGAAUGGACACGGCACCGUAGCAUCGAGGCAGCCGUGCCCCUGUCCCUGCUCCAACCGCACGAGGGCCUCAAACACGCCUUCAGAUGUCUCUUUCUCGCAAAAUAAUGCAGUCGUCAAAAUUCUCGACAGGUCGCUGCGCGGCGCUCCCAGAUACCGGCGUUAGGGGCGCCCUUUGUCUGGCGACCAGGGCUUGCCCUCGUAGGAAUCUGCUCGUUUGUCACAGCCACAAUAAUUUAACUUGGGACAAACAAGAGUGUAGGGAGGAAAGGGUGUGGCGCCACGGUGCUGUUGAAAGGAGAGAUUUUGACACGUGGGGAGUCGGGCUGGGGAGCCGGGACAUGGUAAAUAGUCGCAAAACAUGUGUGCUCUCGACCGACAGGCCGAAACUCCACCCGACGUUUCUACCAUAG